AUUUUUAAUGUUUUGAGGCAUUUGCAUUAUAGAUCUAAAAAAGGAAAGUUUUAAUGAUUCUAAGAUUAAAAACAUUGGUCUUUAAAUAUAAAAUAAUUAUAAAUGUUCUCUCAGUUUCUGUUGAUCCUGUGCUGUGUAAAGUCUUAGCUAAAUUGAAACCUCCUUUACUGUGUAGUGUGUAGACCAGCUAGUGAAUCUAGAAAAUAGACUGACACAGGGGCAAAUACCUAACCUGUUCAGCAGCAUUGGUUCGUACAUUCGGCUAGUGUGCUGGGAGUUAAUCUAAAUCGUAGCAUAGGAUCUUCUGGAAUCAUUAAAUAAUCGCCAGGGAUAAAAUAUAGUCAAGAAAUUUCUCAACAAUCAGAUCUUGAAAUAGGAGAAUAUUCGCAACAAAGACGAUUGUAAUGAAAACCUGCUUGCACAAGUCUGAGACUCAUGCUUCAUUAAUCUGAUCACAAAUGUCCACAAAAUAACUACCUUUAAAUGGAACCACAGAUAAAAAAGAAACUUUGUAUUAUCAAAGAUGUCAAUGAAGUGUCAAACUUUCAUAGGUUCAUUGUUUUGUUUGUAUACAAAUUCAUAUUAUUUUGCUUAUUAGUUUCUCCAUUGUAUUACGAACUCUGGCGACAGCCUUCAUAUGUUGGAGAUAUUACAGCACAAAUCUUAGAAGAUAUUAAGACAUGGGACAAACGCCAAAUUCCAGUAAGCGCUUGGAUGGAUAGAAAAUACAUUCUAAAUGGCUCAGCUUACAAAAAAUCAUUAUUUGAACUUGAUAGGCAAAUGACUGACAUCAUUUACUUUAAUUUUAGUAUAUUCCCUUUCUUCAAAAUGUUUUUCCAGGUGGUAAUUAGCAUUGGUCGGAAUUUUGAUUUUAUCAAAGAAAACAUGAAGAAAAAGUUUGGCUUAAAUAGAGUCAUAUGUUAUAUUACACUCAAAAAUUUUGUGUCCAUUUUGUUUGUUUGUAGUGCAUUUUGUUGUUUUCAUUUAUUGACAGAAUUGUGUGAAAAUAUAUUUCGUUGGGCAGACAGUAGAGUUCAUGACGCCACUCCCUUGUUAAACAUGCACAAAGCGUUUCUAUUCCCUCAUCCGUUAACUCUGGGUCAAGCCCCUCCGUUCUUUUUGCUUACAUACUCUCGGUACCCAAUGGAGGAUGUUGUUUUUAUUUGCGAAUAUCAGACCAGAGAUCCAGACCCGAUCUACAAAAGCGCUAACUGGAGAAAGAACGGACGACCUCUUACAUCUAACGACGACAGAAUCCAGAUCAAUGUUACAGUCAAUCAAGUUGGUAAUUUAGAAUUGUACAACGUAUUGUCCAUAUUAACAAUCCAAUUUUUGGAAGACCAAGAUUUCGGAAGUUAUACAUGUGAGUACCACAAUCCAUUAAAUUCUGAAGUUCAGCCUGGCCCAAGUAUGACAUCGGAAUUUAGAUAUAAAUCUGAAAAUGAUAUUCCCAUUCCGCCACCUGAUUCAGAAUGCAACUGUAAACCUAAAACAACCAAUCCUGAUCAAUGUACGAAUCAGCCAAUCAUAAUACCUGUUCAGUGCUUUUCGGAGUUCCUUCUUAAUAAAAGAAAUGAACAAGUUUUGACAAAGAUGAUUAGCCCUGGAAGCAUGUUCAUAGAGGGCGCUUUUUAUUCAACUGUUUCCGAGAGUGAAAACAUAGGAGUUGAAUUGUCUAGAACAGAAAGCAAAGACCCGGACCAAAAUUGCUGCUCAUGGUUUGUGAGGACAUACUGGAGAUUCUUUCGAAAAGGAGGUUUUUUAUCUGAAAAUCCUCCAUUUACAAGGACCAUCAUUACUGAAAAUGGUCUUUAUUUUCUACGGUAUCAAUGUAUGUGCAAAUCUAGCUACGGGAUGAGUGAGUUUAGAAUAUUUCGAAACUUUAUCAACACAACAAGUGGUAGAGGAGAUAGAGCGGAGAUCGUAUACCCAGUAAGACAUAAGUUAUUUCCAGUAUAUUCAGAUCCUUGGUCAAGCAAUCAAAGUGACACCGAUACGAAUAGAUAUCAUGAUACACAUUCUUGCUUUGAAUCAGACUUCUCAUCACAAGAAUGUUGGAUACUCGAACAGCUGUUUGAAUCCAAUAUGAACUUGAUGAUUUUAUACGAAUUCGGUUUGACAUUUACUCUAAUGUUAGUACCAACUCUGAUUGCUGUUCUUUUCUACUAUUCAGUAAUGAAAGGUUGUAUUCGUCCUCUUCUCACUUUUGUUCUGUAUGACGACAUGCGUGAAACAACAUUUGAAGCUGUCAAUGGAAAAUCUUUGACAAAGUUUCGUCCUCGGAGACGCCACAAAGCUAGAAUUGCACCAGAUGUUCAGCGUCAACAGUAUGAUAUUUAUUUAUCAUACGAUUCAGAAAAUGAAUUUGACUCGAUGAUUGCUGAGCAUAUUAAAGGCAUACUGGUGAGUCUAAAAUUGACAUAUUUUGAUUCCCAAACGGAUGUCCGAUACGGUCAUCUUAUUUUAACUGAGCAAGAGAAGGCUAUAGCCAAUAGUUUACGUUAUGUGUGUAUAGCCUCACAAAGCUACAUUGACCACAACAGUGUGGAGUUUAAUGCCAUACAGCUUGCAAUUGUUGGCCAAAAUAGUAAAUUAAAAGACAGGCUUUUAAUCAUAAAAUCAGAAGACUGUGAUGUGGAAAGACUUUAUUUAAUACCAUGUAUUUCUGUACCAAAAGAAGCGAGGGCCAGGAGUGUAUUAAAUGAGCGCACUGUUAGAGAUUUUUUCAAAUGGGAAAAGUCUACCAGUGUACACGAACUGGCGUGCAAGUCUGAUAAAUUAACAGCCAUCAAAGGCAUUUUAGGAUUAAAAACAAUGACUCGCCCACUGAUCAUUCUGAUGGCUCAAAUGUUUAUUAUAUGUAUUGAUACGUUUACACUGAACUCUUGAAACAAAUAAUGCUCAAAGUAAAUGGAAAUAUUCCCUUAUCAAAAUCAACUAAUUUAGACUCAUUGAUUAACUAAUUGUUUUUGUUUUCAUAUUGAUUCAUGUGUCAAGUAAUAAUUGUCUCAAGUUUUAACUGGAUCCGAGGAUGAGAAGAGGGAGAAAUAACGUGGACAAUAUUCCACCCAGUAAAAAAAAAGAUAAUGAAAUUCAAGAACGCAUACCAAGUGUUUGUAUGUGUGUGUUUGUGUGUGUGUGUUUGUGUGUGUGUGUGUUUUUUUUGCUUGGCUACUCGAAUACUUUGCAUAUUUCGGCUUUCAAUGCCAGUUAUGAUUGGUUUAUAUUAUUGAUUCAUUUAUAUUAAAUGUCUGAUUACUGUGCAGAACAUUGAUUGUGACUGCAUCUGCUACUUAUAUUAUAGAAUCUCUUAAAAUAUGUUGAUACUCUCGUUAAGGAAUCGUAUCGCAUUAUAAGUCUCAACGUCUCCACUUUUUAAUAGUAUAUGUAAAAAAAUAUAUUUUUAGUAUUUUUGUUGUCAUGCUAUUUUUGUUUAACUUGAUUUUAGUUUCAACUCUUAUUUUUUUAAGAUUGUUAUUACAAUUAUUUGUAUACAACAAGCGUGGCUGUAGAGCCGGACAUAUUGAGAUAUUUUUAGAAUGUGUAAUGUGUGCACGAUCUAGGUCACUCCAUUCAUCGAAAUGUCUGUGUCGUGAAAGGAAUAGAGAGUUUAUUUUUGUAGAUCACGUCAUAGAUUUACUUUCUAUUCAGCAUAUCUUCCUUCCAGUCUGCAUAAGAUUGUGUCCCUUGCAGUCUGUGUUUGGAGAUUCUUUGUCUAGGUUCUGAGUUACCAUUUAUGUGGAACUGUUAUUUAUUGUUUGAAUACAUUUCGUACCAUUGCACUGUUCGCUGAUGUUUACUGUUGAGGAACUGCUUUACAACCUCACGAGCCUUUUGAUUGUGUGUGAAAAUCGGAUAUUUUAAUUGUUUAUGAUUAUUGACCAGUAGAGCAUGUUAUGAUUGGUGUUCGUAUGUUAUAUGUAGUUUGUAUGUUUAUUAUGUGUUUGUUGUUUAUAUUCUUAAUUUUUUAAUAAGUUUGUUACUUGUAUGUUUUGUGUUUAUAUGUUUUGUAUGCUUGUUAUUUGUAUUUCUGAUGUUUGUAUUUCUGAUGUUUGUAUUUCUGAUGUUUGUAUUUAUGAUGUUUGUAUUUCUGAUGUUUGUAUGUCUGAUGUUUGUAUUUCUGAUGAUUAUGUUGAUAUUCUAUUUAUAGUCAAUGAAGAAACAAAAAAAUUUUUUUUUUUUUUUUUAAAGUUUUGUUUUCUUAUUGAAUCUCAUGAGUAAAUAAACUUUUAUUAAAUUAA